GGGAGGAAGUAGGCGUCUCCGCCCAUGCCUCUUGCAACGCCCACCAAGCAACUCGGGAGGGGCGCAAGUUGGUUCCCGUAUGGGCUCCCCCAAGCACCCGCUGCUACCUCAAAGCCCUCACAGCCGGAGACAAGAGAUCAGAGCCCGCCUGAGGCUCCCUCCCCAAGAACUCUCUGACGACGAGGAGAGCGGCGACGGCACGGAGGCAGGCCGCUCAGAAAGCAGCUGCUGGCAUGGCUCCGCCUUCAAGGCCGGCCUGCUGAUUGUGGUGGCACUGUCGGCCGCGCUGCUGGGCACCAACCGCGCCUCGUGCGGCACCAGCGGCGGCGUGACGCCUGCCGACCAAUACCCUCAGUUUCUGGUGGUCGGCGACUGGGGGCGCGGCGGCAAGCACAACCAGACCAAGGUGGCGGCGGCCAUGGCGCGCAAGGCGGAGGCAAUGCGUACCGACUUUGUCCUCAGCACAGGCGACAACUUCUACCCCAGCGGCCUGCUGAGCCCAGAGGACCCAGCCUUCGAUGCCUCCUUCACCUCCAUCUACCACCAGCCCAGCCUGCAGGUGCCCUGGCACGCAGCGCUGGGCAAUCACGACCACGGAGAGACGGCUGACCCCAGCAGCCCGGCCUGCGGCGCCUGGGACCCCGCCUGCUUCUACAGCCCCCUCAACGAGCUGGAUGCGCGGCUGGCGCAGCGCGACGCGCGCUGGCACUGCGAGCGCAGCUUUGUGCUCAGCCUGGCUGGCGGCGCGGUGGACGUCUUCUUCCUCGACACCACCCCCCUACUGCUGGAGUAUGCGGCCGUGCCAUGGCGCGCCAACCGCGGCGGCCUGGAGGAGCAGAGCUGGGAGGGGCAGCUGCGGGAGCUGGAGGCACGGCUGGCGCGGUCGGCGGCUGGCUGGAAGCUGGUGGUGGGGCACCACCCCAUCCGCACCACCCACCGCAAGUGGCAUGCCUGGGCGGAGAUGGUCGAGCAUGUGGAACCGCUGCUGACCAAGUACGGGGUGCAGGCCUACCUGUGCGGGCACGACCACAACCUGCAGCUGCUGCACAAGCCUGGCACGGGGUAUUGGCAUGUCACCUCUGGGGGCGGCUCCCGUGUGGGGCCCAAGUUCCGCGGCACCAAGCACGCGCUCUUCCAGCACGGCGGCAAUGGCUUUGUCGCGGUGCGCCUGUCUCCCUCGCUGAUGGCUGUUGAGUAUAUGGGCCUCGACUCGGAGCAGCCCCUGUACAGCAUCCACAUCGCCCGCGACGGCAGCCGGGCCGUCGACGAUGCCAGCCACGCUUCCGGCGACGGCGGCCAGGCCGGCGACGAGCCCGGCACCGGCGACGGGCCGAGCUCGCAAGAGUGAAGACAAAGCGUGCCGCCGCCGGUUUUGGGCGACUUGCGCCGGGUCCAGGCUGUCGUGGGAUCCUGGGAGACGCCCCUGUCGGAGUAUUGCGUUGUAUGUGCAGCAUUGCCAUGUCUGUAGCCCUUUUACUGUAGCCUGUUGUUUCGCGGUGCAGCCCUGCUGCUGUGCUGCGCUCCUAUUGCCAUCCUGCUCCUACUCUGCCAUCUUUGUACACCGCCCGCCCUAUUUGGCCGAUUAUUGCAGUCGCAGCAUUUUGUUUACCCCCCCGCUACCCCCUUCCUUUGCACUGGCAUUUUGAACUAGCACGCACACACAUUGUUAGUUCUUUCUGGCCCCGCCGCCUGUGCACCGCAGGCGGCAUGUGGCUCAAACCCUGACCCCUCCGUGGUGGCCCUUCUGUUGCUGGCCAGCCUGGCACUUUUGACCGACCCUACCAUGAACAUGCGACCCCUCAAACAUGCGCUCCCAGUGCGCGCUGUAACGUCCCCCAGCAU